ACUUCGCGGCGCAGCGAGAACCCGUAACGACCAAUGAAGUUAGGCCGUAACCCGGCCGUCACCUCGCAACAGCCAAUCGCGUUUAGUCAUGGGAGGAUCGUUGGAUUGCUGUUGUGUUUCCAACGUGGGAUUACGGAACGAGCCCGUAGGAAAAAAAAGGAAAAAAGUAACUCGAACUGUACCUGCAGCGGAGACUCGGUGGACUGUAGUGAUCUGGGGCUGACGGCGACGCCUUUGGACCUUCCAGUUCGGACUGUUUCCUUAAAUCUCAGCCACAACAAACUGACUGCCAUCAGUCCUGAAGUCUUUGCCAGCCUUCCCAACUUGAGAGAGCUACGACUAGACCACAAUGAGCUGACCUCCGUCCCAGAUUUAGGACAGGCUGCACCCAAGAUUGUGUCCCUUUACCUACAUCAUAAUAAAAUUCGCAGUAUUGAUGGCAGGCGGACUGAGGAGCUGGUUUCUGUGGAAACCCUGGAUCUGAGCAAUAAUGACAUUACCGAGCUGCGAGGACAGUGCUUCCCUGCAGGCCUCCAAAUCCGAAAUCUGCACCUGAGCAACAACAAGAUCAGUGUGCUGGAGCUCGGAGCUCUGGACCAUUUGGGCUCAACCCUACAGGUUCUCAGACUGAGCCGCAACCGCAUCAGCCAGAUCCCCGUGAAAGCCUUCCAGCUCCCAAGGCUCACCCAGCUUGAGCUGAACAGGAACCGUAUCCGCCAAGUGGAGGGUCUAACCUUCCAGGGUUUGUCCAGCCUGGAGGUGCUCAGACUACAAAGAAACAGCAUCAGCAAACUGACUGAUGGAGCCUUCUUUGACCUGGCCAAGAUGAAAGUCCUCCACCUGGACUACAACAGCCUGACGGAGGUGAACAGUGGCUCGCUUUACGGUCUGACUUCCCUUCAGCAGCUAUUCCUAAGUAACAACUCCAUAGCACGCAUCAAUCCUGAUGGGUGGAAGUUCUGCCAGAAGCUAAGAGAGCUGAAUUUGUCAUACAACAACUUAACUCGUCUGGAUGAAGGAAGUCUGGCUGUGCUUGGGGAUCUCCACACCCUCCGGCUGGGCCACAACUCUAUCAGCCACAUCAAUGAGGGAGCCUUCAGAGGCCUCAAGGCUUUACGCAUCCUGGAGCUGGACCAUAACGACAUCUCAGGCACAAUAGAGGACACCAACGGGGCCUUUUCUGGAUUGGACAGCCUCAUCAAGCUGACUCUGUUUGGAAACAAGAUCAAAUCGGUGGCCAAGAAAGCCUUCUCUGGCUUGGAGACCCUGGAACACCUGAACUUGGGGGAGAACGCUAUUCGUUCCAUUCAGCCCGAUGCCUUCAGUAAGAUGAGGAACCUCAAAAGCCUUCUCAUUCAGAGCAACAGUUUGCGGUGUGACUGCCAGCUCCACUGGUUGCCCGACUGGUUGGUGGCACGCAGUUUGCAGGCCGGUAUCAACGCCACCUGUGCCCACCCAGAAAGUCUGAAGGGAAAGAGCAUCUUUGAGGUUCCGUCCAGCAGCUUUGUGUGCGAUGACCUCCCCAAGCCUCAGAUCACCGUACAGCCAGAAAACACAGUGACAGUCCUCGGUAGUGAGGUUCGCCUCACCUGUACAGCUGCCAGCAGCAGUUCCUCCCCCAUGACCUUUGCCUGGCGUAAGGACCAGGAGCUCCUUCGUAACGCCGAAAUGGAGAACUAUGCCCAUGUGCGUGCUCACCACCAGGGUGCGACGCCAGAUUUGCCGGGUGCAGGAGGAGGAGGCGUGAUGGAGUACACUACAAUCCUGCACCUGCGCCACGUCACUUUUGCCCACGAGGGUCGUUACCAGUGCAUCAUCACCAACCACUUUGGCUCCACCUACUCAAGCAAGGCCCGGGUCAUCGUCAAUGUUCUGCCGUCCUUUGUGAAGACUCCCAGGGACAGCACCAUCCGAACCGGCCACACCGCCAGGCUGGAGUGCGCUGCAGAGGGUCACCCGGCGCCUCAGAUCGCCUGGCAGAAGGACGGCGGCACAGAUUUCCCCGCUGCCCGCGAACGUCGAAUGCACGUCAUGCCAGACGAUGACGUAUUCUUCAUCAUGGACGUCAAGCCGGAAGACAUGGGCGUUUACAGCUGCACCGCCAAAAACACAGCGGGCACGGUCUCUGCCAACGCAACCCUCACCGUGCUGGAAACACCCCACUUGGCCCAGGACCUGGAGGACCGCAGCGUUGCAGUCGGGGACACGGUGGCCCUGCAGUGCAAAGCCCUCGGCAGCCCGCCCCCGCGCAUCACCUGGCUGCGCCACGACCAGCCGCUGCGCCCCUCUGACAGACACCACUUCACGCCGGGGAACCAGCUGCUGGUCAUCGGCUCUGCCUCGCUGGAGGACGCCGGGCGCUACACCUGCCUCAUGUCCAACACCCUGGGCACAGAGCGUGCUCACAGCCAGCUGGUGGUGACUCAGCGCAGGAGCACUUGCACCGCAACAACGGGCCCGAGCACGGUCACUAUAGGGAUCAUUGUUAUCGCUGUGGUUACAAGUAUUGUGGUGACGUCGCUGGUGUGGGUGUGCAUCAUCUACCAGACGAGGAAAAAAAGCGAGGACUGCAGUGUGACCAACACGGAUGAGACGAUUGUUCAUCCAGACGUAUCCAGCUACCUCUCCUCCCAGGGCACUCUGUCCGAGCGGCAGGAUGUGUGCAUCCGCGUGGAGGCCGGCGGUGGACCUCAGCCCAACGGACACGUUGUAGACACCACAGGUUUCGAUGGUGCGGUGCUGUGCACAGACUGUAUGGAGAAUGGGAACAGCUACUCCAAAGAUCCCGACUACCUGGCCCAUGGGUUUGGUCCUGCUGCAGGCAUGGAGUACCAGCAGCAGCUUAUUCCACCACCCUACUCUUACUGUCACCCACGGGAACAGCAUGAUCCCGGGUCACACACAACCCCGCUCUGCAACGGCACCCCCAACAGGAUCCGAAAGAACUCUGAAGGAUCAGCGUUGCCAAAAAACCACAAUACAACACUGAACCAAUACGAUAGAAAAGCAGUGAGCAGAGCAGGGCAGACAAAGGCGAGCUCUCCAUCACAGGAAGACUCCUUCCACAAGCCGGUGAAGUUGGCCGGCUUGACGAGCCACGGAUGCACCGACACUGACUGUGAGUUGUAAUAGCAUAUAUCUGUGAGAGAUCCUGGUACACGUUCUAUCGCAAACAAAACACUUGAUCGCACUUGAAUGUUUUGGGUUUUUUUUUUUUUUGGUUUGGUUGUUUUUGGGACAAACGCUGCCAGCUGUGGCCUUACAGAAACACAAUUCACAUCCACUGUUAUUGCAUGAAGGAAGAGCUUUGAUGCUAAUUAUUUAGGUACGUUACAUGGAUGCGAGCGGUCGGUUAAAGCACUUUUUUUCAUACUCACUUCAUAAACAUGCGGACUGUGUACACGAUCUGCCGAUAGGAAUGCAGGAACCUCCUCUGUGCGAGGAGACAUUCCGCCUAUCUUGACGCACUAAAGUCAGCAGUACAUACUGUACCCUUAAGGCUCUUCCACCUGUUUCACAAUACUACACGUUACUGCAGAGCUGCUCAGAUCUGGCUGGGAUUGUUUAUGUUUAAAGAGGACUUAUUAUACUUUUCCUUUAUGUGUAAUAUGCUGUUAGUGUUGGAUGCUCAUAUUAGAUGUAGCCAAAGUUUUCAAAUAACAAGGUCACUGCGUGUUGAAGUAAUCCCUAUGAGCCCAAAGCUGAGGCUUCAGACUGCUCCGUUUCCACCCACCUGCUGUUCAGACCUUCUGUUUGCCAGGGGUUGGCUUGUUUCAGAGGAUGAUCUGAGUGGGCUGCUCUAAGGCCCGGCAUAAAAACAUAAAUAAUUAAUUAUUUUGAACUGUGAAUCGUGCAAAGCUGCUCUAGUUGAUGCCAAUAAUAUACGAAAAAUAGAGAGAGAGAGAGAUCUGUAAUAAGCAUAAUAGGUCCUCUUUAAGUUUGAUUCUUUAUUUGUCCCAGAAAGUGACUUUGGCACAAAUCUGCAACCACAUGUGGCUGCUAACAGCUAACAGCUGUUACUUGGAAGCUGCAAGAGCCAGUAAUAAUCUCCCAGUGCGACUGCGUGACACCUGUCACGAGUUACAGCCGCAUUCAUAACCCAGGCCACAAUUUUUGACGUUUAAUUGGCCGGAUGCCUCCAUUUUUUUUUUUUUUUUCUUUCUAAAAUCUGAAUGCUACGAAUUUAGCGAAAGGUGCAGAAUGAUGAUGUGUCAUUGUGUUACUGCUGUACUAUGGAUCGACAUCCAGGGGAGGGUUGUGCGUUCAGGAGCAAAAUGGCCAGUACUCCACCUGAAUCACUGCCACUGAGUAAUGAUUCAUGCCUGAGGUAGCUAAAGGUGCAGCCUGCUGCUGCAAACUAUUAGGGAAGCUUGUGAAAUGUGCUCUAACCAAACACCCACGACUGUCACGGUCCCUGAAUACACUGGGUCACCAAUCGGCAUUUUCUAAUGUGCGUCCCCCUCCCCUCAAGCUGAACUGUGUUCUGUAACAAGUGGCCUUAUCGAGGUAAGCUGGAGGACGUGCUCCUCUGGUUACACCUGAUAGCACUUACUGAGAUGAUUUUUACCAGCAAGACCAAACGGAGAACCUUUUUUUUUUUUUUUUUUUUGG